UAUAAAAGCGGCCAUCAGCUGAUGCUCCCGCAUUGCAGGCGGUGGAAUCUUUGAGGAGAGGUGUUAGCGAUGCGGCGCUUCGCUUUUCUCGGCGUCCUUUGCUCGCUGGCGGCCGUUGCUUUGACAACUCCCCUGCUUUUGAAGAAAGACUGUGCAAAAGGUCCAGAGGUAUGGUGUCAGAAUUUGCGAACUGCAUCUGAUUGCAAAGCAGUUAAACAUUGUCAGCAAACUGUGUGGAACAAGCCUACUGUGGAGAGCAUUCCCUGUGACUUAUGUAAAGAAGUUGUACGAGUGGUUGGGAAGUUCUUAAAGAACAAUGAGACAAUGGACGAAAUAAGUGAAUACUUCAACAAAGUUUGUGAGUUUCUUCAUGAGCCAGAACUGGUAGAUGAGUGCAAGGACAUGGUGGAGUCUUAUUUGCCAAAUAUUCUGGACAUCGUCAAAUCAGAAUUUGUGAGUAUUCACUAAUGCUACUAAAGCAAC